AUGGUUGCCGAACUCAUUGACGGAAACGCCAUUGCCAAGUCCAUCCGUACUGGACUUAAUGAAGAAAUCAAGGCCAUCCAGGCUGAAAAGCCUUACUUUAAGCCUUCCCUCGUCAUCUUCCAAGUUGGAGAUAGACCAGAUUCAUCCACAUAUGUGCGCAUGAAGCUGAAGGCUGCUGCCGAGGCAAACAUUUCUUGUCAACUCAAGAACCUCCCAGAGUCAGUCACCCAGGCAGAGCUCCUCGACGAAAUCACCACUCUUAAUAAUGACCCUUCAGUCCACGGUAUCCUCGUCCAACUCCCUCUCCCCAGCCAUAUCCAAGAAGUUGUAAUCACUGACGCUGUUGCCGCUGAAAAGGAUGUUGAUGGGUUUGGCACACUCAACAUUGGUGAGCUGGCAAAGCGUGGUGGUUCCCCGCUCUUUGUCCCCUGCACUCCUAAGGGCAUUCUCGUUCUGCUCAAGCAAUCCAAUGUCGAUCUUGCCGGCAAGAAGGCCGUGGUCCUGGGCAGAUCUGACAUUGUGGGCUCCCCUGUUUCUUACCUCCUUAAAAACGCCGAUGCAACCGUCACGGUUCUCCAUUCCAAGUCUGCAAACAUUGAAGAAGAAGUUAAGGCUGCUGACGUUGUUGUCGCUGCAAUUGGCAAGCCUGGCUUUGUCAAGGGCGAUUGGAUUAAGCCUGGUGCCGUUGUCAUUGAUGUUGGCACCAAUUACAUUGACGAUGCUACUCGCAAGAGCGGUAAACGUCUUGUAGGUGAUGUUGAGUUUGAGACUGCCUCCCAAGUCGCUUCUAAAAUCACUCCUGUUCCUGGUGGUGUUGGCCCCAUGACUGUGGCCAUGCUUCUUUCCAAUGUCGUUGACUCGGCCAAGCGCUUUUACGCCCAGGAAGAGUCCCGCAAAAUUGUUCCUCUUCCUCUCAAUAUCCAAACCCCUGUUCCUUCUGAUUUUGCCAUUUCCCGCGCCCAAAAGCCUAAGAAUAUCACCCAGGUUGCUUCUGAGGUUGGCAUUCUCCCCAGCGAGCUCGAGCAAUAUGGUGCUCAUAAGGCCAAGGUUCAACUUAGUCUUCUCGACCGUCUCCAGGAUCGCAAGAAUGGUAAAUACGUUCUUGUCACAGGUAUUACUCCCACCCCUCUGGGUGAGGGUAAGUCCACUACCACUGUCGGUCUCGUCCAGGCCCUCGGUGCUCACCUUGGCAAGGUUGCCUUUGCCAAUGUCCGCCAGCCUUCCAUGGGCCCCACCUUUGGUGUUAAGGGUGGUGCUGCCGGUGGUGGUUACUCCCAGGUUAUCCCCAUGGAUGAGUUCAACUUGCACUUGACUGGUGAUAUCCAUGCCAUUUCUGCCGCAACAAACUUGCUUGCUGCUGCAAUUGACACCCGUAUGUUCCACGAGGCUACCCAGAAGGAUGGUCCUCUUUACAAGCGCUUGGUGCCUGCCAAGAAGGGUGUUCGCACUUUUUCCAACGUUAUGUUCCGCCGCUUAAAGAAGCUGGGCAUUGACAAGACCAACCCUGAUGACCUUACUCCUGAGGAAAUCACCAAGUUUGCUCGUCUCGACAUUGACGCUGAUACUAUCACCUGGAAGCGUGUUGUGGACUGCAAUGACCGUUUCCUCCGUGGCAUUACUAUUGGUCAGGCUCCCACCGAAAAGGGUUUCACCCGUGAGACUGGUUUCGAUAUCACUGUUGCCAGUGAGUGCAUGGCCAUUUUGGCCCUUUCCAACGACCUCAAGGAUAUGCGUGAGCGUCUUGGCAACAUGGUUGUUGCUUCUUCUAAGGCUGGUGAACCUGUUACCGCUGACGAUAUUGGCUGCGGUGGUGCUCUUACUGCUCUCAUGAAGGAUGCUAUCAAGCCUAACCUUAUGCAAACCCUUGAGGGUACCCCAGUUUUUGUCCACGCCGGUCCCUUUGCCAACAUUUCUAUUGGUGCCAACUCUGUUCUUGCCGACAAGAUGGCUCUCAAGCUUGCUGGUACUCGUGAGGGUGAGUCUGAGGACAAGUCUGGCUUUGUUGUGACUGAGGCCGGUUUCGAUUUCACCAUGGGUGGUGAACGUUUCUUUAACAUUAAGUGCCGUUCUUCUGGCCUUGUUCCUGACGUUGUUGUCAUUGUGGCCACUGUUCGUGCUCUUAAGGUCCACGGUGGCGGUCCCGAUGUUAAGCCUGGUGUUCCUCUUGCUGAGGAAUACACCAAGGAGAAUGUGGAACUUUUGCGCGCCGGCUGCGCCAACCUGGGCAAGCACAUUUCUAAUGCUAAGACUUAUGGUCUUCCCGUUGUUGUUGCCAUUAACAAGUUUGAGACUGAUACUGCUGCGGAGCACGCAGUUAUCCGUGAGGAGGCCAUCAAGUAUGGUGCUGAGGAUGCCAUUGUUGCCAACCACUGGGCUGAGGGCGGUGCUGGAGCCGUUGCUCUUGCCGAGGGUGUUGUCAAGGCAUCACAAAAGACUGACAAGAACUUCCAGUUCCUUUACGAGACUGAGGGUCAAUCUGUUGAGCAAAAGAUUACAACUAUUUGCCAGAAGAUGUACGGUGCUGCUGGAAUUGAGUUUUCCGAUCUUGCCAAGUCCAAGGUCGAGACUUAUACUCGCCAGGGUUUUGGCAACCUCCCCAUUUGCAUUGCAAAGACCCAGUAUUCGCUCUCGCACGACCCUGCUCUUAAGGGUGUCCCCACUGGUUUCACUGUUCCCAUUCGCGAUGUCCGCGCUUCUGUGGGUGCCGGUUACCUCUAUGCUCUUGCAGCUGAGAUUAUGACUAUUCCUGGUCUCCCCACUCACUGCGGCUUCAUGGACGUUGAGGUCAAUGAUGAGGGCGAGAUUGAGGGUUUGUUUUAA